UGCAUCACCAAUAUUGACCAGUAGUUUAGCACACCGUAUAAGCAGAGAAGAGACCAUACCAUCUAACUUUGCUCCUCUUGGCGAUCUCUUCCUUCUUUCAUUUCUUUUUAUUUUUUCUAUUUCAAACCCAGAAAACAUGGCGGAGGUUGCAGGCCUACUUCUCUCCCCCUUCCUCCAAGUAUUCUUUGAAAGAGUUGCUUCCCGCGAGUUCGUUGACUUCUUUCGAAUCCGAAAACUUGACGGAAGACUCUUGAAGAGGCUGGAGAUAGCAUUGCUGUCUGCGAAUGCGGUGCUCGAAGAUGCAGAAGAAUUGCAAUUUACAAUGCCUAUGGUGAAACAGUGGCUUGAUGAGCUGAAAGAUGCCGUCUAUGAUGCUGAAGAUAUCCUGGACGAGAUUCAUACCCAAGUCUUGCGAUACAAGUUGGAUGGUGAAUUUCAAACUAUUUCAACUAAGGUACGAAAAACCAUCUCUACUUCUCUUAAUCCUUUUGUCAGAGAGAUAGAACCAAAGAUAAAAGACGUACUUGAGACAUUGGAUGAUCUAGUAAAACAGAAGGAUGUUAUAGGUUUAAAAGAAGGCGUUGGAGGGAAAUCAUCCAGAAGAUCAUCCACUACUUCUCUGGUUAAAGAAUCUGGUAUUUUUGGUAGGACUGAUGAUAAGGAGGCAAUAAUUAAUUUGUUGCUGUCAGAUAAUGUAAGUGGCAUUGAGUUGUGUGUGAUUGCUAUUGUUGGCAUGGGGGGACUUGGUAAGACAACUCUUGCUCAACUUGUAUACAACGACGACAGAAUGGAGGAGCAUUUCGAUAUCAAAACAUGGAUUUGUGUUUCAGAUGAUUUUGAUGUGUUGAAGAUGACGAAAACAAUUUUAGAGAAGCUUGGAUUGUCAACUAACAGUGAUAGUCAGAGUCUAGAUUGGCUUCAAGUUACACUACAGCAGAAUCUGACUGGAAAGAGAUUUCUUAUUGUUUUAGAUAAUGUUUGGAAUAAGAAUUAUUCAGAAUGGGAGGCCUUAAGUAACCCUUUUAAAUUCGGGGCAGAAGGGAGUAGGGUGAUUGUAACCACACGGGAGCAACGUGCUGCAUCAAUCAUGCACUCUACUACAAUUUACAAUCUAAAGAAAUUACAAGGAGAAGAUUGUUGGACAUUAUUUUCAAAACAUGCGUUUCAUUCUGGGAACUCUGAUGCUCAUCCGGAGUUGGAAGUAAUUGGUAGACAGAUAGUGAAAAGGUGUGACGGCCUACCCUUAGCAGUCAAGACAAUUGGAGCUCUCUUGUGGUCUAAACUAGACGUUAGCGAGUGGAAUAAGAUACUGAGGAGCGAAAUAUGGGACUUGUCGUGUGAUGUUAUUCCUGCUCUAAGAUUAAGCUACAAGUAUUUGCCCUUACAUCUUAAGCGUUGCUUUGCUUACUGCUCAAUAUUUCCAAAAGAUUAUGAUUUUGGAAAAGAACAUUUAAUCUUAUUGUGGAUGGCGGAAGGUUUGUUGCCACAAGUGAAAGACAAAACAAUGGAACAAAUUGGUGAUGAUUACUUCGUUGAGCUUGUAUCAAGAUCAUUGUUCCAACAAUCAAGUAUACGAUAUGAGGAAAUGAGGUUCGGAAUGCAUGAUCUUGUCAACGACUUAGCAAGAUUUGUGUCAGGACAAUUUACCUUCAGACUAGAGGGUGAAAAUUCUCUUGAAAUUGUCAAUAAGACACGCCAUGUUUCAUUUUUCAAUAUAAGUGUAGAUACUACUAAGAAUUUUGGGGCGCUUUAUGAGGCUAAGGGGUUGCGUACUUUCCUACCAAUAUAUUUUGGCGAUGAAAUCUCAGUUAAAGAAUAUGUGGAUUUGCUACCAAUUCUAAGAUGCUUGCGAGUUUUCGUGUCAUGUUAUUGUCAGAAUUUGAUCGAGCUGCCAGAUUCAAUUGGCAAAAUCAAACAUCUAUGAUAUUUGGAUCUCUCUGGAACUCCAAUUAGAAAGAUACCUGAUUCCAUAUGUAAGUUGUGCAAUUUGCAGACCUUGAAAUUACGGUGUUGUGUGAAUCUUACUGCAUUGCCAAGAGAUACUUAUAAACUCAUCAAUUUACGCCAUCUUAAUUUUAUUUCUACUCCCAUAAAGGAGAUGCCAGUACGAUUGGGUAAUUUGCGUCAUCUUCAGACUUUGACUAAAUUUAUUGUCGGUAAACAAAGUAGAGCGGGCAUAGAAGAGUUGGGGAAUCUUGCAAAUCUUGGGGGAAAGCUCUGUAUUUCGAGUCUCCAAAAUGUUGUAUCUCCUAUACAUGCUUUGGCUGCCAGCUUGAAUGAUAAAAAGCACCUGGAGGAAUUGAAUUUGGAAUGGAAUGACGAAAAUAAUACUUCAGAAAGUCAAAGGGCUGUAUUGGACAAUCUCAAACCCCAUGCAAACUUGAAAAGUCUCUCUAUCAUCGGCUAUGGUGGUAAAAAAAUUUCAGACUGGAUUGGGCAUCAUUCAAUUUCUAAUAUAGCAUCUCUCUAUCUAUUUAAGUGCAAGUAUUGCUCUGUCUUACCACCACUUGGACUUCUACCUUCUCUGCAGUCCCUUUCUAUUGUUCAGUUUGAUGGAAUCGAUGAAGUUGGCAGAGAAUUUUAUGGCAAUUGUUCGUCUUCAAAGAAACCAUUUGGAGCCUUGAAAGUUUUGAAGUUUAGAGACAUGCCGAAGUUGGAGAAAUGGUUUGCUUUUGGUGCUGAAAAUGAAGGUGGAGCUUUUACUUAUCUUGAAGAGCUUCAGAUAGUUAACUGCCCCAAGUUUACAGGAGAGUUGCCCAUCCAUCCUUCUUCUUUAUCUAGACUUGUGAUAGUAGAAUGCCCGUUGUUGGUGACUUCACUUCCAAGUGCUGCUACUCUACGUCAACUCGAGAUUGGAGGAUUUGAUGCGCUAGAGUCCAUACCGGAGAGAUUGAUGGACUUCAACAAUAGUUGUCUUGAGGAGUUAAAAAUUAGUGGUUGCCACUCCCUUACAUCUCUGUCCAGUGCUGGUCUACCUUCUACAUUAAAACGCCUUGAGAUCAAAGAUUUUAGCAAGUUAGAGCUUCCAAUGCACUGGAACUAUUCAUCCGUUGAGAGAUUGCAGUUAGAAAAUAGUUGUGAUUCUUUAGAGUCAAUUUCAUUAAACUUAUUCCCAAAUCUGAAAUACAUCUUCAUAAGGGGAUGUAGGAAUCUGGAGCCUAUUAAUGUUUCGCAACAACUUGAACUUGAUUUAGUGGCCUUGUCAUCAAUAGAAAUAAGUAAUUGCCCCAAUUUCGUUUCAUUUCCGAAUGGAGGAUUGCGUGCCCCAAAACUUCAACACUUUCAUGUCUUCAAUUGUCAAAGUCUGACGUCACUACCAGACAAGAUGCACAUACUCCUUCCGUCUCUUAGGAGAUUGCGUUUAGUGAAUUGUCCAGAAGUUGAGUCAUUCCCUGAAGGAGGCUUGCCUUCCAAACUAACUUUUAUUGGCAUCAUAAACUGUGACAAACUCUUCGACAAUAGAAGGGAUUGGGGAUUGCAAAAUCGACCCUCCAUUCGAGAUAUUUCUAUCAAAGGCAAUUGUAAAGAUGUGGAUUCCUUUCCGGAGGCGGGGUUACUUCCCACUAGUUUGUUAUGUAUUUCCAUCGGAGAUUUUCCAAAUAUGGUAUCUUUGGACUAUAAGGCACUUCGACACCUCACCUCUCUGGCUGAAUUGUCAAUAUGUUCCUGCCCCAAGUUGAAGUUUAUGCAAGAAGAAGGGUUGCCUGCCUCCAUUUCCACUCUACGGAUCAGCAAAUGUGCUUUGACCAAACUACAAGUCUAGCAGGAGUCCCCAAUUUCAGUUUUAUGAUCUACAACACAGAUGGACGACGGCAAUGGUUUGUUCCGGUGAUGCGUGUUUCUACAGAUUUCCUUUUGGAUGUUCGUCCUUAAUUCCGUACGGGACUUUUUUUUUUUAACAUGAUGCAGUCUUCCGGGCAAGGACUUGGCACUAUAAAUUCCCUAGAAUGUGAGCUUUUUGGGAACCAGGAGGCAGGUGAAGCUAAACUAUUUCGUUGUAUGUUUAUAAAUAAAUUUUAGGGAUGAGCUGUGGGACUUCCAUGUCAAGUUUUGCCAUAUCGAGAGAAUGGGGAAGAAGUAUUGAAGUGCCAAUCCAAAUUUCCAUUCAGUAUGUUUCUCUUGAAAGCUGCCUUGCUGUAAAGGCAAUCAGUAGUGGCUGCCUAAGAUCUGCGGAUGUGAUGGUUGAUGUUGAUGAUAUAUGUUGUCAAGCUUCCUACUCUCCACAAAGCACUUUACAAUUUCAAGCGACUGAGCUUUUUGGCUAACUCCAGCCAUAGAAUUUUGAGGAAAUGCAAGGCAAAGUUGAUGAUUCUUUUCUAUAUUUUAUUGAAACAGUUUAAAAUUGUGUUUCUACAAUGGUUUCCCAAAAUUUUAGCAUCUCUGUAAUCUGUGAGUAGGAGAGACUAGAUUUCUAUCACUCUUGCAGCCAAUCAAAGGGUGAAAUUGUCAAAUUGAGACCAGGGAAACGUUUAAUUCCAUGUAUAUAAGCAUUAGAGACUUGAUUCUACGUAGGAUGUCACAUGGAACUUGGCACUUUGAUGACCACAAACAAAGAGAAAAAAAAAAAAAAGUGUAGCGAAAAGAAUGAUUUUAUUUUGGGACCA